AUGGUGCACGGCCGGGCCUGCCGUGGCGCUCCCGGGGCCGCGGGCAUAAGGGCGCCCCCGGCGGGGCUGGGCGCGCCGCUCGCGCUCGCGCUCGGCGGGCCCGCGGCGCGGCGGCUGCGGGCGAUCCUUCCUUGCCGAGAUGUCGGCCUCGAGAGCUGCCGCGGCUCGCGAGCCGCACCAACCCUGGAGCUGACCGGCGGGCUGCGGGCGCCAGUCCCCGAGGGCAGGCCGAGGCCUCCGCCGGGCCAUGCCCGCCUGCCCCCGUGCAGCGCCCUCCCGGUGCGAAUCUCGGUGACCCUGAGGCACGCGGAGUUCAUAGGGCAAGUCGCGCCCGUGCGCGCGCAGCCUCGGGCCCAGCUCGGGGAGCGGAAGCGCAAGGCCGGUGCCGUGCAGGGCGUCGAGAGCUCCGUGGAGCAAGCCUCGCGCGAGACGGUGGAGGAGGCCAUGAUCCGCCUCGGCGAGGAGAUCGAGGUGGCCCUGGAGACCGAGAACCUGGCCGCCGCGGCCAAGGCACAGCGGGAGCUGCGGCAGCUGCAGUUCGACCGGCCCUCGGCGACCUGCCAGCACCUCAUCGCUGAGGAGUGCCGCCGGGCGACCUGCCUGCUGCGCCAGGGAGACGCUGUCUCGACCCAGGAGCGCAUCCAGGCCGCCAAGAAGCUCGGGAGGUGGCUGCGCUGGCAGCGGUUCGCCUCGAAGGGCCUGGUGCCCCCGCACACCGUCUUGGAAGGCCUCCUGUGCGCGCUGCGCUCGCAGCCGGAGGUGGCGUGGACGGCCCAGUGCGCCCUUUUCCACGCCGCCCGCGUCGCGGUCGUGCCCAACCGCAGCAUCAGGGAGGGCCCGCGUGGGAUCAUCACCAGUUUUCUCUUGAACGAGCCGACGCCGUUCCCCUUGUGCAUGCCAGACCUCUCGUCCAGGUCCCUGCGCGACUUCCAGAGGGCCUUGGCGACCGCCGUCGUGCGGAGCUUCUUCGGCCAGAUGCGGGCCCUCACGCUGAUCGACCCGGGGUACGGCGACGACCCAGAUCGCGAGCACAUGUACGAGCAUCUGCCUUUUGCAAGGGCCUUUGGGCGGAACUUCAAGAAGGUGGAAACGCUGGAGAUGCUCGGCUUUGAAGACGUGGGGAUCGCGCUGUUCCUGCCCAGCAUGGCCAUGCCGGAGCUGAAGUGCCUGCGCAUAGUUGGGGCGCUGCAGACGCCCAUGGCACAGGAGGCCCUGGUGCUCUUUCUCCACCGUCACGGCCCCAGGCUGACAGAGCUAGUUCUGAACGUGUGGACCGAGUUCCUCUGCGAUGCCGACGACCCCCUGGUCGUGUGCGACCGCAUGCCGAACGUGAAGCGCCUGACCGUGCGUGCGCCACCACCGGUGCCUUGGGAGCACUUCGCGGCGACGUUCCCCAACCUCGAGGAAGUCACGUUCCUGUACGACCAGGACCUGACUUCGCCCUCAACAGUAUCUCCCUGGUGGAGGAGCACGGCGAGCCCUUCCCGGACGAGCUGUCGGAGAGCACACUUCGCUGCUGUACCGGGAUGCCGUCAUCUUCGCUCGGGACAUACACCAGCGGGGGCUGCGGAAGCUGGAGACGCAGUGCAGGCGACUAAAGGUUGUGCAGCUCGCGGUUGGGGACACCUCGUUCGGCUACGAUGUGACCCCCAUGGAGAAGCGGUUUCUCCUUGCGUGGAGACGCGAGGUCGACGACGCCAAGCAUGGGGCCCGGCGGAUUUUGCCGCGACGACGUGCGGAAUAACCAGACGAGGCGGGUGCUCGGAGACCAGAGCGUGCCGCCGAACGGUUGGAGAUCCGCAGACGACGUGGACGACGACUGCGGACCGGACGAGUACGGGCAGCCCUCGCGCGAGGUCAGCGAGCAGGAGGCGGAGGCCGCGGGCGCCGCAGUGA